CGUGUACAGCCGGAUAUCCCCCUACUGACAGGUCGCGCUCUGAGACACCGGAAGUAAUCGUCGCUUUUGGUGACGCUGCAUUAGACCUCAAGACAUGGACCGGUCUAGGCUGUUCGGGUUGUUCCUUCUCAGCCUGGCUCUUUCCGGAGCUCAGGCGCUCACACCGUCACAUUACCUCUCCCUGUCUGAUGUGGCCCGACUGCAGAACCUCCUGAGCCAGCAGUUCACUGACCUGGAGUCCGCAUACUACUCAGUUGUAGGUCUGACCAAGCUGGGAGCGACAGUUCCCGAUCACGAAGAUGUGUGCCAGUUUGUGAAAUCUCAGCUUGAUUCCACUAGUGUUGAUUCACUCUUCUUUGCUGCUGAGAUCAGUCGUGCCAUUUCAGGAUGUGAGAUCCCUGUAUCCAACGAAACCCGCGACCUCCUCCUCGCUGCAGUCAGUGAAGAUUCGACCAUGACUCAGAUUCAUCGGGCUGUGACUGCUCUCAGCUCUCUUGGGCUUCCUCUUGCUUCCCAGGAAGUUGUAGGUUCCUUGACAGCCCGGAUCAACAAAGAGGAUAAUGUUAUGGCCAUCACCAUGGCUCUGCAAACAGCAUCCCAGCUUUCCCAGCAGGCAGAGCUCGGAGGAAUACUGGAAGAAAUUGAGGAUCUGACAGCUCGCUUGGAUGACCUCGGUGGCCUCUACCUCCAGUUUGAAGAGGGACUCGAAGCAACCGCCAUGUUUGUGACCGCUGCUUAUUCCCUGUCAGAUCACAUGGACAUGGAGCCUCCUAUCAAAGAGGAUCAGGUCAUCCAGCUGGUGAAUUCUAUCUUCAGCAAGAAAUCCUGGGACUCUCUGGCUGAGGCUUUCAGCGUGGCAAGCGCCGCCGCUGCUCUGUCCGGCAACCGCUUCCACGUACCAGUAGUAGUCACUGCCCAGGGCCCAGCUACUGUUUCCCACAGCCAGCCAACCCUGCAGCUCCUUGUCACUGAUGUCAUGUCUCAACCACUAGACUCAGCCAACGUGGUGGUGGAAUCUGCAUACGCUGUGGCCUCGAAGGCUGCUAUUCUCAACCAAGCACCAUUCACAAUUAAUGACGGCGUCUUUGAACUGAACUUCAUGUCCAGCCAGCCAGCCAGCGGAUAUUACCAGUUCACCAUUGCAGUGACCGGGGACAGCCGGCUGGUUGCCAAUCAUGUCGAGCUUAAAGUGAAGGUGUCCACAGAGGUGGCUGUGACCAACAUGGACCUCUCUGUGGUGGAUAAGGACCAGAGCAUCGGCACAAAGACCACCAGGGUGGACUAUCCUUCCAAAGCUAAGAGCUCCUUCACAGCAGACAGCCACCAGAACUUUGCCAUGUCCUUCCAGCUGGUUGACAUUAACACUGGAGUGGAGCUCACACCUCACCAGACCUUUGUACGGCUGCACAAUCAGAAAACUGGCCAGGAGGUCGUGUUUGUGGCCGAACCCGACAGCAAGAACCUGUACAAGUUUGAGUUGGACACAGCCGAGCGGAAAUCGGAAUUCGACUCCAUCUCUGGCACCUAUUCUCUCUACCUCAUCGUUGGAGACGCCACUUUAGAGAAUCCCAUCCUGUGGAACGUGGCCGACGUGAUUCUGAAGUUCGUGGAUGAGGAGGCCCCGGCAACAAUUCAACCUAAGACUCUUUAUGUACCCAAACCAGAGAUUCAGCAUCUGUUCAGGGAACCUGAGAAGAAGCCCUCCACAGUGGUUUCCAACACCUUCACUGCACUCAUCCUGUCUCCCUUCCUGCUGCUGCUCAUUCUGUGGGUCAAGCUCGGCGCCAACAUCUCCAGCUUCAGCUUCUCUCCGAGCACCAUCCUGUUCCAUCUGGGACACGCAGCCAUGCUGGGCCUGAUGUACGUCUACUGGACCCACCUGAACAUGUUCCAGACUCUGAAGUACCUGGCAAUCAUCGGCGGUGUAACUUUCCUUGCCGGAAACCGCAUGCUGGCCCAGAAAGCAGUGAAGAGGAUUGCUGCAGAGCAAAGUAGUAGAUUGGCAAAGUAUAGAAGCCUUCGAUAAAGCCUCCCCCAUUUGUAACAAAUGAGUCGGUUCUGCUUCCAGGCUGAAAAAUCAGAAAAAAUAGGGGCAAGAAAAAAGAAGAUGAUUGUUUUGUUGUUUCCAUCAAAACCUUGUUUUGUUUUUUGUUUGUUUUGGGUUUUUUUUAAGAGAAAAUGGGACGAAAAGUUGAAAACUUCAAAGCAUGCAGUUUGUCUGUGUUGCCAAAUGGAAGAAAUUGAAAUAUCACCACGUCUCUGGGGGUCUGGAAUAACACUCAGUGCAGAGGACUGUGGAGCUACUGAUCAUUGCACUUCAUCUUCCUGUGAGAUUUGUUUUCUUAUUGCGAGCUGUUUUUGUUGUUGUUUUUUUUUUUUUUUUUUUUUUUUUUUUUUUUUUUUUUUUAAACCUGGGUUUGUCCCGCCCCCCUCCUUAUUUUAUUUUAUUUUUUUUGGUACAUUCCUCUUUUUUGUCCCUCAGCUCACCUCGUAACAUUUUUCAACUGUUAAUGAACCAUAUUGGCAGUAAUACUGACACAUGGAACAUUUCUGUGGCUGUUUCCUAUUUGAUACAGAGUCGAUGUCUCUGAGAAAGUCUGUUAAUAAGUAAAAAAAGAGGGCAAUUUGAGGAUGUUUUUGUAAAGAAGAACAGGAAAUAAAGGUGCUGGGGAGGUCAA